GGAUCUUUUUCGAUGAAAAUCCAACUUCGACUAUCAAAAUGGACGACGAUAAUCCAUGCAUAUCGGAGACUGCACGAGCUCCCCUGAUGACUUGGUCAUUCACGCGUUGAGCUUUGCAACUAGACAAGAGGAUCUUGAGUUGCAAACAAGAUCGCGCUGGGACGAUGUCGUGGCGUCGACCACUUUUGAACUUAUCGAGAGGUGAGCAACGGCAACAGCACAGACACAUUGCAGGUCCAGGGUCAGAGACUUCAGCCUUACAGUUCAUCGGACACAGGAAACAGGUAUCCAAUCGAUGACCAUCACACACAGCGUUCAGCAGGAGUUCUUGGACGACGAGACAAAGGACCUCAUCUGCAUUCCAUUCAUCCCCAACUCGUCGAGCCCCGCAAGUAUUGCGGUGCAUUCGCGGCCGCUAACUCAGCAGGUUGUUCCAACUCCAGCGUUGUUGAUGCAAAUGCCAGCACGUACAGCCGAAUCAACGAAAGGAGAACGGUGGACGGAAGACGAACACGAGCGAUUCCUACUCGGUAUGGAGUUGUUCAAAGCGGGGCCCUGGAAAAAGAUCGCCAAUGUUGUCGGUACCCGCGACGCUCGACAGACCAUGAGUCAUGCACAAAAGUAUCGUCAGAAGAUCAAGCGACGUAAAUUGGGUUUGCCGACAACAGAACCACGACGUCGUGUUGAUGAUUCUCGUGCUACAUCCACCACCAAAAGGUUGCGAACAAUGAGCCCAGUCGAGGCCACUGCAACAGCAACAGGUGCAGAGAAUCGAGUGGUGGGGAGUUCAAGAUCGUAUGAUGUAUCACCGAGAGUCCAGUUGCCACGGGAAGCAAUGAAUGACACACCACGCCUGAUGAAUGGGCUUGAGCGCGCGAUUGGUCUUGUUUCUACUGAGACCAUCAAUAUGGCCAGCAACGCUUAUAGUCUAAUGGCCGAAGUGGACACUGGCCGUGUUGGUCGACCGAGCCAGCAACUCGAUGCGACACUAGAGCCGCUUGAUAUCGGUUCCGAAGUCUCGGUGGCUCGCGACAGUUGGGUCGGGCCGGAAGAGUUGUGGGACUUUCUCGAUGGCCGUCCGAUCGCCCAGCCUGAUGUGGCCGGCGCACACGUGCAAGAAGCAGGAAACCAGUUAUCAGUUUAAGAGUCGUGGCGACGAGCGACGGUAGCUCGGAACGCAGAAAUUUUCGUUGUUAGGCAAUGCAUCUACACGUUUGGAUCGGCCGCGCGAAGCAGUCCAAGGUCGUGAUUGUUGGAAUUAAUUGAGCAGAAGCGUUGUGCAAGUAAUACAGAACUUCCAUUGCGCCCAUGAUCCCCAGUGAGUAUUGUUCACCGCGGCGUGCGAUUCUGUUGACAAUGCUCCGACGCAGAAGUCAGCUUGAGACUGGCUCCAGCUUCAACAAGUAGGAAGUUCCAAUCAAGUUUGUGGUCGGUCGCCGUGUUCUAGCUCACAAAGCUGCUACUGUCAGCAAGCAUGCGUUGAUCGUCACCGCCCUGAACGGUUUGGGAGCAGCUGAUUUAGCUAAGCUGAACAGUAACUUUGAAGCUUAGGCAUUCGUGGCGAGCGUCAUUCGUGUGUUCUACGAGUACCAUUGCAAUUUACAAGUACUUACACCUUAACGCUACAGUGGAUUUGGUUGCAAAGCCACUAGUGCAACGCUGAAAACCCAGAAGCCAGAAAGCCCGAUUUCGACUAAAGAUUCGCAUCCGUCGAAACUGCGAGGCACGAUAAUUACGUGGCACCCUAUGGUAAAAAAAAUUCAAAAGUAACAGUACUGGUGUUACAGCAACGGCAACUUGGGCCUUACCGCCGUGAGUCACCAGCUCGCUGAUGUUGCGCUCG